AUGACGCAGUUUGUGUCAGCAUUUUACAAAGUGGAAUUACGGAAUGAGUUGGCAGGAGUAUUUAUAUGAGAAAACCACACGUGCAGAUAUAUUUACCGUUUAGAUUUCUCGUGUACGAUAUUCAGGAACUCUUUGCACCCAACUCUUUCGACAAAUUUCUAGUUGGAAGAUAUAGCACCUGAAAUAAUCUGCAAUGAUAUGGACAAACCGGACAAUUGCGGCGAUCCAUGUAUAUGUACGCAUAUCAUAGACAUUCCGUACAACGGCAUCGUUGAACUCAUCAUAGUCGAUGAAACUAGAGCACGCGGACUGCAUCAUCCGUUUCAUUUACAUGGCUAUGCUUUUAAUAUCAUGUAUUCCGACGUGCCCAACAACGGAACCGGAGUUACAGUAGAAGAAAUAAAAGAAAUGGACAGAAGAGGCCUUAUACGUAGAAGGAGACCCUUGGCACCAUUUAAAGACAUUAUAGCUGUGCCAAAUAACGGUUACGUAAUUGUACGCUUCCGCGCGAAUAAUCCUGGUUAUUGGCUCCUUCACUGCCACUUUAUUUAACAAUCUGGCGACGAGUAUGGGCAACGUAUUUCGCGUUGGAAACCGAUCCGACGUACCACCUGUUCCGCGAGGUUUUCCGCGGUGUGGGAAUUUCUUGCCAAAGAUAACUCAGCAUAAUUUUUACGGUUGAUACUUUCGUCCUCUUGCCUUAGAAAAAAUUACUGUGAUGUGAGUCACUUUAUAUUUCGGGUUGAUUAUUUCUCCUUUAAUAGAUCUCAGACUAUGUUAUGUCUCUGAAUAUCCGUAUAGCAAUAAGUCAGAUGGAACGUAAUGAAUACCGCGCUUUCUCUUACGGGAUGUACGAAUAGAGCGAAAUUGUAAUCUUAAAGUUAUAUUACAAUCGGCGAGAAAGAAGUUACAUUUUCAUUUCGAUAAACUUCAUGAUAAAUUCGAUAAUAAAAUUUAAUAAUAGAUAAUAAGGAUAAAAAAAUUUAUCUCUCCUCAGAAUUACUAAAAAAAACAAUUCCUCCUCUGAUACUUAUGCAUGUCAAAGCUCAUCGAGGUAAAAUAUUGCACCCUUUAUUCUAUUGACUAUAUCUGUACAUGUACUCAGCAAAUAUGUUAUCGAAAGGAUUUAGUUAUAGCUUAACUUUACAACUCGCCGUACCUGAUACAAAUAAUUUGAGAUUUAUAUUAUAAUAAUUAGUAAUUGUUAAAGAGUAUGAAUCUGUAAUCUGUAAUAUUGUAAGAUAAUCGAUUAGGUAAAUACUGGAUUUUAACAUAAAACAAAUUUCAGAUUUCAGAUUUUUUGUGCAUAGCAAAAUAUCUUACUCAAUUCAACAAGAAAUAUUGUCCAAAAAUCUGUUUAAUUUUGGCAUCUAAUUCAGAAGUUACCAUUUCUUAAACUGUCUUUUCAAUCUGUGUAUUUAUAGGCCGAUCGCAAAUUGACGAAUUGAGUUGAGUACUUUUUGAGAGAAUUUCAUCUUUAUAACAUUUAUAACUAUAAUUAAUACCUUGUGAAUACUUCUGCGUUGCGCGUAAAUGUGAAGAUUAUAUGCAUAAGAACGAGACACUUUAUGAGACUUCAGUAUUUGUGAAAACACAUAAUGCUCAGACUUCAAUAAUAUUUUGCACAAGCACUAUAUCCGGAACUACUAUAUUUUAUUACUCACACGGAAAGCGCCAAUGAGUUGAAUCGGGAAUGUUUCCUCGUACACAAUUUGUUUAUCAAUUUGCGGGUAAGCAUUAUCAGUUUAACUCGACUCGAAAGCAUCCCGAUAUUUAACAACAUUUUCUUGAUAAACGGCCGACUUAUUGAUGUAUGUACACCACGACAGACGGAGAAUAUAGGUGAAUAUUGUCCCGGUGAUUAUCAUCCCGUCGGCUUCGUGUUAACAAUCUGGAGUGUGUAAUGUACAAAUAACAGAGGAUUUGUAGAAAGCAGAG